CAAAACUCAAAGGUAUACUUGUAGAAUCUGUCGCUUGACCCGCCUCUACCGCUCGCUUAGUAACUACCUGAUACAUCAUCUGCAAGAAAGUACUGUAUAUCAACUAUGACCUCGCCGACUUCGAAUGGUAGCGGACCCAGUAAUUUCCCUGGCAUACCGGCGGAUGCCACGAGUGCCAGUGGGGCGCCUUAUGCACCGAGCAGUAGCUCAGCACUAUCUUUGAACGGAGCCAACGGGUACAAUCAAAACCCGCAAGCUCGUAUGAAUGAGGAAAUCGUAAACCACCUGUAUCACGCUGGGUUUCAAAACGGGCUGUGGGCAGAUACCGUUCUCCAUGCACAUCACACUGCGUAUCGCCUGCACGCGAUCAUCUUGUCGCGUUCUCCUUAUCUCGCACACUUGAUGUCUACCUCACCUCAAAACGGCGGGCAGAGGACUAUCUAUUUGAACCUUGAACAUGAACCGGAAGUAACCGUAGAGGGCCUCGCGAUCGCGCUCGGCUACCUCUAUUCGCCGAUCUCCUUCAAUCUCGUCCGAGCAGAGAACGCAAGGGGCGUGCUCGCCGCUGGGUGCCUCCUGGGCGGCGUCGAAGAACUCUGCACCUACGCGUACGAGGCAUGCAGACAAUCCAUCACCGUCGAAACUAUCGAUAGCUGGCUAGCCUUCAGCGACCUAGGCCCAACUCCUUCGUCGGCAUUAUCAUCGCCAUCAACGCCGACCAUGGACCUCACGCCGCACCCGCAACUACCCCCAACGAUAUUCGGACUGUACGCGCACCGGUUGAGGGACGAUGUCUUCAACUUCCUCGUGGUACAGCUUCCGCAGAUCCUGGGCGUUAACCCCGGCACCGGUGCGUCGCCCAACGCGGACGGGCGAGCUACACUAUUGCAGAUUUACGCUCGCGUUCCCUUCGACUUAUUCAAGGCUGCGGUUGAGUCGCCGACCUUCCAAAUCGGAUCCGACCAGGCACGGUUCAAGUUUGCGAAGGAGGCAAUCGAGUUUCGCAAGAAGGGCGUUGCGCGAGGGUCAGGCGCAGAGGAAACCGUCGUGCUCGCCUUUGGCGGUGGUCACGAUGGGGGCAGCGCGGUACACGUUACCCGCAAGCUGCGCAAACGUCCGUUGUGGAAGGUGAACGCGUAA